UACGGGACAGGAUCGGUGGCUGCGCUUCCCUAAUAUCUGGUUUGGGCUGCCUGACCUGUCGCGAAGGCCGGCGCGCGACAUCCGGCUGGGGGAUGUGCUGGUCUGUCUUCCGGACGGCGAGAGCGCGGGACUGGAUGCAUAUGAUCUGGGCAAGGAGACGGAAGACGUGUUCGAACCGCUUCGACAUGGACGCGCACUCGCGAUGGCCGAAUUAAUCAUCCGAUCAGCUAUCGGCGGCACCAAGCUUAAGUCGCCGAAAGACGCACAGAUCUUGUGCCGUACUACGAAGCCGUCCGCGAGGAGAGUGGCCGACCGCGCUCGACGACCGGAUUCAAGACGUAUUCGAGUAUGGGAUGGACCGAUCAGGUCGUGUGAGAAGCUCCUGAAGAAUUUGCAGAGAAGGAACGAGCUAAGAGACAGGUACGGUGUGAUUGGCGUGGAGAGGGAGGCGGCAGGGACGAUGAAUCGCAUCCCGGUCGGCGUCAUUCGGGGGGCGUGCGAUCACAGAGACAAGCAUAAAAACAAAUAUGCGGCAGCGAUGCAGGCGUCGUAUGCCAAAGCGGUGCUGGAUGAGAUUCCACCGAAUGACUCAGGCGGUCAGAUCCAUCGGAGCAGAGAGCGGUUGGCAAAGCCGAGGAAUCGAAUCGUGAGUAUAGCGUUAGGAUACUAUAGUAUUAGCCUUGCUAGAAUGAGUCGGUUACUGAUAGCGAAAUAGAAUGUUCCGCCGACCGUGCUAUCACAUCCAACUUGCCAAAACGCCACGAAAUGCUGGCUGGCUAGAGCCUUUGAAUGUGUCCAGUCUCGCCAUGGAUUGGUACAAUACCACUACUAAGUACAGGUAUAGGUACUGUAUAGUGAUAUACGAUAUCAAGGGUUUCCCUCUUCGAAAGUGUGAAAUUGAAUCUGAUUUAACUAUGAUCAUACAGUAGGACUAGCGGGUCAAUGUAAAUACCGCCGGAGGCACUAUGCAUGAGUUUCUGUUGGCCGGACCCAUUUUAUGCCUUGAGUUAGCAUAUCUUAUGCGUCCUCAAGGUUCGCUCUACCAGUUCGAGUACUUUUUU